AUGUCUGUCUCAAAGAUUGCGGGUCUCCUGCUUAGCUCGGCCGCCAUGGUCGCUGGUCAUGGUUUCGUGUCGGGUGCCGUUGUUGAUGGCACUUACCACGGGGGCUUCAUCGUCAAUACCUACAAUUACAUGACCGAGGUGCCUGCGAACAUUGGAUGGAGUGAAAAGGCCACCGACCUCGGCUACAUCGACGGCACUGGCUACACUGGCUCCGACAUUAUUUGCCACAAGGAAGCCACUCCGGGUGCGAUCUCCGCCGAGGUCAAGGCCGGUGGCUCUGUCGAGCUGCAGUGGACUGCGUGGCCUGAGAGCCACCACGGCCCGGUCAUUACCUACAUGGCUAACUGCAAUGGCGACUGCUCCGUGGUCGACAAGACAACCCUCAAGUUUUUCAAGAUCGCCGAGGCCGGUCUGAUCGACGACACUAACGUCCCCGGUACAUGGGCAAGUGACCAACUCAUUGCUGCCAACAACAGCGCCACUGUGACCAUCCCCAGCACCAUCGCCGCUGGCAACUAUGUUCUCCGUCAUGAGAUCAUUGCCCUGCACUCCGCCGGCGAUGCAAACGGCGCCCAAAACUACCCCCAGUGUAUCAACCUGAAGGUCACCGGCGGCGGCAGCGACUCCCCUGACGGCGUCCUCGGCACAGCACUCUACACGCCCACCGAUCCCGGUAUUUUGAUCAGCAUCUACAGCGCGCUGGAGUCCUAUGUGAUCCCCGGCCCCGCUUUGUACACCGGCGCUUCAUCCGGCUCUUCAUCGAGCUCCUCGACCACCGCCGCAGCCACUACCGAAGCCACUACCGCGUCUGCUACUGUUUCUACCACCGCGGCCCCCACCGUGGCUACUACCAGUGCCUCAACCGUGAGUGCCUCUCCUAUCCAGAGCUCCUCUUCGCACCACCUCACCCGCACCCGCACCCGUACUGCCCGUCCUACGUACAGCCCUACUUUCUCGUCUGCUCCCACGUCUGCUGUCUCAACCUCCGCCCCCAGUGGGCCGGAUUACGAGCCCACUGAUGCUCCUUCCACCCUCAUCGAGAAUGCGACUGCCACCGCUUCCUCUGCUCCUCAGGUUACUGACGAGCCUGCCACACAGACCGCCAGUACCGCCGACAGCGUCACCAUCACCACCACCGCCGGUGGUCUGUCUGCUCAGAGCUCCGCAGCUGUCCUCGAGUCUAGCGCCACUGCCGCCGUCACUGCCGAGGCUACCGCUACUGCUGCCCCUACCGCCGCAGCCACCACUUCCACCUCUAGCACCAGCUCUGGAUCUUCUUCCUCCAGCUCCACCUCUACCUCCAACUCCUCGUACCUCAGCUCCCUGAGCGCCGAGAAGCUCCUCGAGGUCAUCCGGUCGACCCUGAAGUGGCUUGUCUCUGACAAGAAGGUGCACGCCCGUGCUCUGGCUUACUAA